UCAGAUCUGGAAAGCCUGACUGCCGCAAUCGAGGCCGCAAUCCUGUUUCGUUUCCCGAUUCUGGCACGAUCGAUGCGAAUAAAGCUUUUUUAACCGAUUUUCUGAUUUCCACAGUUAUGGCUUGUGUAACACACGCAAAAAUAAAAUUUUUGAACGCUUAUGACAAAGCAGAUGUCAUAAUUGUGAAAAUAGAAGAAAUUUUAGAAUUUACAAAGAAACCUCCAGAACAUGUACAAGAUUUUAAUAAAGAAUGUAUUUACAAUUGUCUGUGGAAGGAUGACAAGAAUCCAGAUAUUGUGAAAGUGCCUGUUCAAAUUUCGGAUUUAGCUGUUAUAACCAAUGCAGAAGACAUGGAAAAAUUUAAAAAUAAAAAAGGUGUUUUUAAAAGAAUUAGUAAUACUAUAUUAGAUGAUUACUAUGCAGAAGACAGCGAGAUCGAAGAUGAUAAAGAUGUACAUAGUGAAGAAGAUGUUGAAAUAAAUAAAAAUAUUCAGAAAGAAGGAAAAACAAAUCAAAAAGCUGUUAGUUUAUAUUUCAUAUAUAUUUGGUAUAUGGAUACUAUAAUUUUGCAAGAGAAAAAUGUGAUAAAAAAUUAA